AUGAAAGCUAAAGUCCCAAAGAAGUUUAAAGCCCCCGACAUGACCCAGUACGAUGGAACGUCAGAUCCAAGCCAUCAUCUCAGCAAUUUUAGUAGUCGGAUAUAUCUCACAGAUGCCUCAGAUGCAAUCCAUUGUAAAGCCUUCCCAACCACUUUGACCAAAACAGCAAUUAAGUGGUUUAACAGAUUGCCACUAAGGUCAAUUGCAAGCUUUGAUGACCUUGCCAAAAAGUUCCUAGCUAGGUUUUUCAUCCAGAAGGACAAGGCCAUGCAUGCUCCAAGCCUACUAGGGGUUAAGCAAGGAGAUCGGGAAAGCCUCCGUAGUUACAUGGAGAGAUUUAAUAAAGCAUGCUUGGACAUACAGAAUCUCUCUACAGAAGCAGCAGUUAUGGGACUUAUCAACGGUCUACGCAAAGGGCCUUUUACCCACUCUAUAUCCAAUAAGCACCUAACAUCUUUGAACGAGGUACAAGAACGGGCAAAAAAAUACAUCAAUAUGAAGGAGAACUGUCAAUUGGGGGAAGCCUCAAAAUCUGGAUUCUCUUACCCAUCUCAGAAUAAGGAUAAAGAGUCUAGGGAAAAAGAAGACCAACCCACAGAGAAACCUAGAAAGUACCACAAUUACACCCCUCUCUGGGUGUCCCUUAUGGAUGUCUACAAAAAGAUAUGCAAUAUAGAGAAGAUCCCACCCCCUCAUCCGAUUAAGCACAAAAGGGGAGGAAGUCGGACAGAGUAUUGUGAAUACCAUCGAAUCUAUGGGCACCCUACUAACGAGUGCUACGACUUGAAGAAUGUCAUAGAAAAAUUAGCCCAAGAGGGAAAAUUAGAUCGGUUCAUCACCAACACAAGGGACAUACCCAAAUAG